AUGUCGGCGUUCAUGAGCAGCUUCAGCCUCUCAUUCAGCAUCACCCUCACCACGACCAUCGAAACCACCGUCAUCGACGGAAUCAGCGUCAUGCUCGCCAACCCCAUCCGCUCCCACACCUAUGCUUCUGACUGCGGCCUCGAUUGUAUCACGGAGGCGCCCAACUGCGGCGAUCGACGCCCGCUGGCCGUUGAGGCCCUGCCGGUGCUCCUCCGCACGUCGAUCGCCCAGGCGGGCUUGCCUGGCGCGGCAGCCGUCCAUCCCUGCGCGCUACCGAGCCUCCCUCUUCCCUUGGCCUCGGGCGGAGCACACCGCACACACGUGACCGAACUUCCACAGGACACCCAGCCGGCUGCUUGGCAGGCACGAGGCCAAGAAGAGUUCAUGCGCCUGCAGUGGGAAGAACUACAGCGCAGCCUCAGGAAGCGCAAGCGCGACGAGCACUUCGUGGCGGACGAGUCUAGCGACAGCGCUUCGGCCACAACCACAACGCAGACCUCGGCGACGGGCUUUGGCGGUGGCCUGCUGGGUAGGCGGCCCAUCACGGACGAGCUGUUCGAGCGGCGGCCCACCACGGACUACUGGUGGAGCAGGCUGAGCGGGGCUGGAGAUGGUGGCACCAGGAGGGACAUCCCGAGGAAUCCGGCGCCGCUGGCGCUGGAGCACGUCAUGCCCUUCCUCGCCGACUACGACUUCACCACUACACCGCUCGUCGUCACCACCCUUCAUCAAGCGUUCAUCGCCUUUCGGAUAUGGGAGCCCAGAAGGGUCCAAGACCUGCGGCUACCCAACGUGGUCCACACAUCAUCAAGCUACGCAGCUCUCAGCCAAUUCUCUACGGAUGAGGAGGUGGGCAGAACAGCGCAUUCGAUUCGGCCCGAUCUGGAGAACAUGUCGCUGCUGGUGGCCCACCUCCUGAUCGAGCCGGCCGACGCCAGCAACGUGGGUCCCGUCUUUCGCUGCCUGUGCUACGUGUCCCAAAAGGGCGGAGGCUCCAUGCAGGUCUCCUGCUCCGUGCAGAAUCUCUACUCCCGCCGAGGCCUCGUGAAGUGGCAGAUCAUGGUGGUGGACGGGGUGGUGGGCCGAGCGGCGACGCUGCCGCCCUACAUGAGCACCAUGCAGACGGACGACCUCAUGGGCGACUACCUCCAGUCGCGAGUCGCCCACUACAUCAACCUACUCCUGGGCACCGCCUCUCCGUCCACUUCGCCACAUGCGCCAUCAUCUUCCGUGCGAGCCACCAUCGACCACCACCAUCAGCACCAUCACCGUGCCCACUCAAUGGACGUCUACGCCGUCGGCCACCUGCUCGGGACCGCGGACCAACCCACCUCUUCUUUUCGCGCCACACCCACAAGCGCAAGAGCGAACUAA